GUUUCGAAGAGCCUCGGGGUGGAGUCCGAUGACCUUGCCCGAGCGCUGGUCGACCAUGCUCCGCGUGUGUGCGAGAAGUGUGGGGCAUGCACUCGUCUUCUCCAGGCUCUGCUGACAUACCUGCGAGAAGCGGAACAGUCGGACGAGCCAACGAAUCUUUCCAAGGAGUUUGCUCUAGAGGCCGUGAGGUGGCCGGCCCGUCACUACACGGAGCUGCCAGAAUCCCAUAAGCUUGACGUGGACAUCGCCGUGGAAGCCGUGAAGCAUUGCUGGGGCCUUUUUCCAGAUCAUCUGCCUGGAAAUGUGAGGUGGAAUUUCGAGGUUAUGGUCACAGCCGUCCAGAGGAAUGAGUUCUUGAUGUACCGCUUGCUUGCCACUGACAGGACGAGGGUCUCCCGCGAGCUGGAGAGACGAGCCUGA